CUGGGGGAAAUGAGAUCCAACUGCCUGGGAGGUUACUUCCCUUUCCUGCAGCACUGAAGAAAUGGCCAUCAUGUGAUGGGGAGUAUUUGGCCUCCCAAGGCUACACCUUGUUUUGCUUGUCCAUAUGCCAGACACUCUGGCCCUGAGGAUAAGCACUGUUGUAGCCUCUGGAAGGAGAUGCCAUGACUAUCGCCUCCUUAGCCCUGCUCUAUCUUGGGCUGAGCCUGGUUCCCAUGACUCAUGUACCAGCAGAAAUUAUUGUCAAGCCCACACUCAGAGCUCACCCAGGCUCUGUGAUGACCAGGGGCAUGCAGUUGACCAUCGCAUGUGAGGGGACCUCAAUUGCCCAGGAAUACUAUCUCUAUAAAGAGGGAAGUCCGGAUCCCUGGCAAAGUCAGAGUCCCAUGGAGCCUGGGAACAAGACCGAGUUCUUCUUUCCAUCCGUCCAUCAGAGCCAUGCAGGCAGAUAUCGUUGUUACUAUAAGAGCCAUGUUGGCUGGUCAGAGCGCAGUGACUUUCUGGACUUGAUGGUGACAGGAUUCUAUGGAAAACCCAGUCUGUCAGCCCUUCCCAGCCCAGUGGUGAGGUCAGGAGGGAAUGUGACCCUCCAGUGUGCCUCACAGAUUGGAUAUGAUGCAUUUUCUCUGACUAAAGAAGAAGCAAAGAAGUUCUCUUGGACUCUAGACUCACAGUACAUAUACUCUAAUAGCAGUUUCCGUGCACUGUUCUUUGUGGGUCCUGUGAGCUCCAGACAGAGGAGGACAUUCAGAUGCUAUGGCUACUACUUGAGUAAAUCCCAGGUGUGGUCAGAACCCAGUGACCCUUUAGAGCUCCUGGUCUCAGGAGUGCCUGAGACCACCACCCAACCACAAAAUAUGUCAGAAUUCAUGACAGCCUCACAGCCCCAGAAUAACACAGUGGAGAACCUCAUCAGGAUUGGCAUAUCAGGUUUGACCCUCAUAGUUCUUGGGAUUUUGCUGUUUGAGGCUUGCCACGGCUGGGGAAGGACUCUGAAUGCAGGCACUCCCAGUCCACUCUUCCUCACAGGACUGAGUCUGGACAUCAGGAUCCCAGUGCUAGCAGGGACCCUCUCUAAACCUACACUCAGGGCAGUGCCAAGUAAUGUGGUGGCCACUGGAAGCCAGGUGACAUUCUUAUGUGAAGGACCCUCAGAGGCCAAGGAAUAUCAUCUCUACAAAGAAGGAAGUGAGGAUUACCUGAUGCCAACAACCAUUCUAAAAACUGAGAACAAGGCCACAUUCUCUGUCUCAUCAGUUCAAUGGAAUAAUGCAGGGCAAUAUACGUGUGAAUAUAAAAGCUCCACCGGCACAUCUGAACGCAGUGACAAUCUGGAGCUGGUGGUGACAGGACAUCAUUCCUACAACAUCACCCUGUCAGCACUGCCCAAUAUGGUGGUGACCUCAGGUGAUAAUGUGACCCUUAAGUGUGUGUCAGAACGGGCAUAUGAUGUGUUCAUUCUAAUGAAGGAUGAUGAGAAGUUCUCCAGGCAUUUGCCCUCACAGAAUAUCCACCCUGAAUACCUUGGCCCGUUUGGAGCCCUGUUCACAGUGGGUACUGUGAACCCCAGCCAGAGGUGGAGGUUCACAUGCUAUGGCUAUUACUUGAGCACCCCCCAGUUGUGGUCAGUGCCCAGCAACCACCUAGAGCUCCUGGUUUCAGGGAAACUGAAAAAACCCACCUUGUGGGCUGAGCCAGGCUCUGUGAUUGCUUCAGGGGAUGCUGUGACCAUCUUGUGUGAGUGGACAAAGGAAACCCAAAUAUAUUUCCUCUACAAAGAAGGAAGCCCAGCCCCCUUGGAUACUCAAACCCCGAAAGAUCCUGGUAACAAGGCCAUGUUCUCCAUAGCAUCCAUGGAAAGGCAUCAUGCAGGGAAAUACUGGUGUUACUCUUACAGAUCUGCAGGGUGGUCAAAGCGUAGUGACCCACUAGAACUGGUGGUGACAGGACUUUACUCCAGCAAACUGACUCUGUUAGUCUUUCCCAGUCCUGUGGUGGUCCCACGACAGAAUGUCACCCUCAAGUGUGUGUCACAACAGGCGUAUAACAGAUUCAUUCUAAUGAAGGAAGAUCAGAAAUUCUCCAGUGCUGUGUCCUCAAAGAACAUACACCAUGGUCUUUCAGGAGCCACUUUCGAAGUGGGUCCUGUGACCACCAACCAGAGGUGGAGGUUUACGUGCCAUGGCUAUUAUGUGAAUAGCUCCCAGUUGUGGUCAUUGCCCAGUAAUGACCUAGAGCUCCUGGUCUGCGGGAACCUUCAGAAACCCAACAUUUGGGCUCAGCCAGGUUCUGUGAUCUCUUCAGGGAGUUCUGUUACCAUCUGGUGUGAGGGUGUGCUAAAAGCCCUUACCUAUGUGAUACAUAAAGAGGGAAGCCCAGAAACCAGCAACACAGAGACCCAAGUAGACCACAACAAUAAAGCAAAAUUCUCCAUCCCAUCUGUAACCAGCCUGAACGCAGGGCGAUAUAACUGUUACUCUUACAGCUCUGCUGGGUGGACAAAGCGUAGCGACACCCUGGAGCUGGUGGUGUCAGGUGUCCAUGAUGGCAAACCUACUCUGUCAGCUUUACCUAGCCCUGUGGUGACUUCAGGUGGGAAUGUGACCCUUCAGUGUCACUCAUCCAAAGGAUAUAAUGGGUUCAUUUUGACUGGGACAGAUAUGAAUUUCUCCAUGUCCCAAAAGGCAGAGUUCAUAAACAAUGGUCACUUCCAGGCUCUGUUUCCCGAGAUCUCUGUGACAUACAGGAAUAAUGGGUCCUUCAGAUGUUAUGGAUACUAUACAAAUACUCCAUAUGUGUGGUCAGAGUCCAGUAACCUGCUGGAGAUACAUAUCUCAGGGAUGUCAUUGAAGCCCUACUUGAUGACCCAACAAGGCACCAUCUUGGAACCUGGAGAGAACCUUACCCUCAAGUGUUCCUCUGAGACAAAUUAUGAUAGAUAUGCUCUGUACAAGGAGGGGGAAAGUGACCUUACACAAGUCUCUGUCCAUCAGCCUCAGGCUGCACAUUUUCAUGCCAACUUCACCUUAGUCUCUGGGAAUUAUUCCGUUGGUGGUCGCUAUAGGUGCCUUGGUGCACAUAGCAACUCCCCUGAGUGGUCAGCCCCCAGUGACCCUCUGGACAUCCUGAUCACAGGACACCUGCCUGUCAAACUUAAUCUCUCAGUGCAUCCAGGAUCUACUGUGUCCCCAGGAGAGAAUGUGACUCUACGGUGUCAAUCAUCAGUCCCAGUGGACACUUUCUUUCUAUUCAAGGAAGGUGCAGCCACACCCUACAUGCAGCAAAGAUCACAGUCUCAAGAUCCACAACAUGAGGCAAAAUUCUCCAUGAGCACUGUGACCUCGGCCCUUGGUGGUUCCUAUAUCUGCUUUGGCUCUCAAAGCUCAUCCCCUUUUUUGUUGUCACACUCCAGUGACCCUGUGGAUAUCAUAGUCUCAGCUUGGAUGGUGAUCAAAUCCUGGGUUUCAAGCAGAGGCUCCAGUAUGUUUCCCAGAAGUUCAGAAGGACUGGGAAGGCACCAAAAUGCUGUGAUCUGGGUCUCUGUGGCAGUCUUCUUUUUGCUCUUCCUUGUCCUCCUCUUCCUUUUCUUCAGAUUGAGGCAUCAGAUGAAAGACAGGAAAGGAGCCCAUACAAAGACUGACUUGCAGCCUCCUGCAGAUUCAGUAACCAGGCACAAAAGCCUCCAGAAUAGCUCCAACCCAGCUCCUGCCAUCCAGGAAGAAAUCUUGUAUGCCACUGUGAAGGUGAAACGGGCUACAGACAGCAUGGAGCUGGAUGUUCUGAGCCAAAGUGAGGAAGACCACUCCCGUGAUUUGUAUGCCCAGGUGAAACCCUCCAGACGCAGAAGGGCAGACAUGACCUCUUCUUCCCUCAAGAGAAAGGAACUACAGGCCUCAAAUGACACCCAGAAAAAAGGACCCCAAGUGACAGAUGAGCAGGCUGAUCCCUCUGAUGAGCUCCAUGAUGUGACCUAUGCCCAGCUGUGCAUCAUGACACCAAGACAGGGCCAGGUGGACGUCCCAUCUUCCAGGUGGAAACAUCCCCGCUGAGAACGCACUCUGGUAUCUACCAGUCAGGGAGAUCCAAAUCUCUGUCUUCUGUGUGGGAGGGAGGACUCAAGAGUUUCAGUCUUAGGUGCACAGGUACUGUGCAGACAUUUUCAGUCUGUAGGAGAUUCUGAGAACUUUGAGGACUUACCUGAUUCUAGAGUCAGAGAUAAGUAAUGGCUCUCAAUUUUAUAAAUGGCUCAACUGCGUUGUCAAUAAACAAUGGAUAAAAUGAGGACAGAUGAGAGAAAUAAAAGUGGCAUUUUUUGUCA